GGAGGUGAGAGACGUCUGAUCUGACGAUCGCGUUUCACCGCCCUCCACCUCCUCAACUCCACCCACAGACAAGACGCCUUUCUCCACACUGCGGUGCGCUUACCUGUGGCGCGAGACCGAUGGAAUUUGUACCUUUAAAGGAAUAAAAGGAAAUUAAAAACCGUCUGAAAACCUCAACAAAUCGCUCGCCCACACUUCUCGAGGGACGAACGAUGGACCGAUGAGUGUCUUGGUUUUUGUGUAAAGAGACAACCAGAUAGGACAUUUACAAAAGGCAGCUGACACUGAGCCCAAGUCAUGGACUGGAAGACCUUCCAAGCCCUCCUCAGCGGGGUGAACAAGUACUCCACAGCAUUUGGUCGGAUAUGGCUGUCGGUGGUGUUUGUGUUCAGGGUGAUGGUGUACGUGGUGGCGGCGGAGCGAGUGUGGGGUGAUGAGCAGAAAGACUUUGAUUGCAAUACCAAGCAGCCCGGCUGUGCCAAUGUCUGCUAUGAUUUCUUCUUCCCCAUCUCCCACAUCCGCCUGUGGGCUCUACAGCUCAUCUUUGUCACCUGCCCCUCCUUCAUGGUGGUCAUGCAUGUGGCGUACCGUGACGACCGUGAGCGUAAGUACCGUGCCAAGCACGGCGAUGAUACAAAGCUUUACAACAACACGGGCAAGAAGCAUGGCGGCCUGUGGUGGACCUACCUGCUCAGCCUCUUCGUCAAGACUGGCAUCGAGGUCGCCUUCCUCUACAUCCUCCAUCACAUCUACGACAGCUUCUACCUGCCCCGGCUCGUCAAGUGUGAGGUGGCGCCUUGCCCAAACCAGGUGGACUGCUACAUCGGUCAUCCCACUGAGAAGAAGGUUUUCACCUACUUCAUGGUUGGUGCUUCAGCCCUCUGCAUUGUGCUUAACAUCUGUGAGAUCAUAUAUCUCAUCUCCAAGCGUUUUGUGCGCAUUGCAAAUAAGGUCAAAAGGCGCCAUCGCAAAAUGACUGUACAUAGUAACGACUACAAUAACGAACCUUGCAAUGAUUGUAAUAGAUCUCAGUUAAAACUGGACCAGAGGGAAAGACCCCCAUCCCUAAAGCUCUCCCACAAUUCAGCUUACAGGCUAUCAACCCUCAAACAUAAGGAGGCGAUGCGGGCCUCUGCCCCAAACCUGUCCUUUGCCCCAUGAUCAACAAAAUCAAACCAAACUGGGACAAAGAUUGAGACAUUAACUUUGCUUGGGCUAGUCCUCAGAUCAGGACUUCACAAACCAGACUCACUUUAUUAUGAGCCUCAGUACAACCCUGGAAAGUGUGCUGUAGUAAAGAGCUGAAUGUCUCCAGUGGGUCCAUGUAUCCUGACCUUACACAAGAGGAAGAGGAAGAUAAAGAGGAAGAUGCAAAGACUUUUUUGAGCAUAGCCUUUUUUAAACAUUAAUACUGACAUAUUUGCAAGUCAGCUAUGGACUGAAAUGAUUUUCUAUUUUUGUCAUAUCACGUAAUAGAAACCAGAGAGGACAGGUCCACAGGACACACCUGGAGGAGGUAUUUGCCCACUAGGGCGUUAUUAUCACGAUGGGUGUUGCAUCAGACAAGCAUUUCGGUCAUCUGUUCACUUCAGACUAUGGCAUUACUUUCACAACCUGAUGUUCUGGUGACGUAAUUUGGGGUUUCUUCUACUAGUGGCCAGGCCAAUGAAGAAUAACAAAUCACUGUGCACUGCAGUGUGAAGACGGUUGAUAAGGAAUUAUUAUUGAUGGCCUUGUAACAAAAUCACUGCAAACACUUGAAACCAGCACACUGGCCUAAAAUUGGAUUUUUUACAGCAUUUUUUUUCUUAUGAUCUGAGCAAUAAUGGUGGAACAAGUAAACAUAUAUCUAACAUGUAUUCUUUAAAUCACGUCUGUGCCGGCAUGUGCUCGAGCUCAGGUUUAGGCUGCACAGCCACAGUAUGUAUAUAGACGGCCGGUGUUUUGACAUGCUUGUACACAACCUCCCCUCAUCCAAGUCCACUGUUGAUUCUAAUAAGACAAAAGGAAUGCUGCUGUUUAAUCUUUUCCUAUUGGUAGAGCCUGAGGACAGAAGCAGCUGUGGACAAGUCGGGUGGAGGGCGGACAGAUCAGACGUUGGUCUCUGGUGUGGAUGUUUUGAUAAUUACACAUUGUCCAUAAUGUAAUCAUCGGCUGGAAAUGUCCUGCGUGAUGCACUAAUCAUUUUUAUCACGAGUGUUUUUGUUUAUAAAUAAAGAGUUGAACAUUAAUAUAUUA